UCUGAUGGAUGUUUAAAUCCCUCCCACUAAUGGGCAGGAAUGGAUCCUGUGUGAUAUAUUGGGACCAAGGGGGCGACUCACAGUCAGCAGUGGCAGCCUGUCAGGAUGGGGACGCUCUGGAUACUUUCCCUUUUGGCAGCGUCUGUGGCUGCUAACCUGUGUCCUGAUGGCACCAGAUGUGGCGAGGACAGCCUGUGCUGUGAGCUGUCUGGUGAGCAGGGAUACGGUUGCUGCUCCAAGGAAGAGAUUGUGUCCCGAUCUCUUCCAAUGAUUUCCAUGGAGAACGAGUGUUCGGAUCAUGAAAGCUGUCCUGCUGAAUACAGCUGUGUUAAUACCCCUCAGGGCAAUUCUGCUUGCUGUCCGCUGCCACAGGGAUCAUCCUGCCAAGAUGGAAAUCAUUGCUGUCCUUCCGGUACUCUUUGCUCUUCAGAUGGACACCACUGUAUUCCAGCCACCAAUCAAUCUGCAGUGAUCUGCCCAGAUGGAAAAUCUGAGUGUCCAAGUGAUGCCACGUGCUGUGUAAUGGAGGGGCAGGUCUGGGGAUGCUGCCCAAUGCCACAGGCGUCUUGCUGCAGCGAUCACCUGCACUGUUGUCCUCGCAAUACUCUGUGUGAUGUCCAGCAUGGCCGCUGCCAGUCUGAAGAUGGCGUAACCCCCUGGAUGCGCAAGCUUCCUGCUAGAGUUAAACUGGUGGGAUUGGGAGACAUUUUCAAACGGACUAACUGCUCUGACCACACCACCUGUCCUAACGGUGCUACCUGUUGCCUCCAAAAAGAUGGAAAAUAUGGAUGCUGCCCUUUCACAGAUGGUGUUUGCUGUCGAGAUCACGUCCACUGCUGCCCCUCGGGGACGCGCUGUGACCUGACUCAUAAUAAGUGUGCGUCGCUCAGCCUGGAGACCCCGCUCUUCACAAAGACUCCAGCUUUAGAAGAAACAGAUGUGAAGUGUGAUGACUCUACCAGCUGUCCUGGUGAUAGUACCUGCUGCCGCCUUGAGAGUGGUGAAUGGGGUUGUUGCCCAAUACCACAGGCAGUCUGUUGUGAAGACCAUGUCCACUGCUGUCCAGGUGGGUACACAUGUUCUGGGUCACAAUGUGUUAAUGAUGGUGUCUCCAUACCACUUCUCAGAAAAACUCCAGCGCUGAAGCACAAGGAAAACAAUGUCCAGUGCAAUGAUACUGCCUUCUGCCCAGAUGGGGCCACCUGCUGCCGUCUGAAAUCUGGUGAAUGGGGUUGCUGCCCUCUUGAACAUGCUGUGUGCUGUGAUGACCACGAACACUGCUGUCCCAGUGGUCACACAUGUUCUGGUGGACAAUGCCUGGAGGGAGAGAACUCAAUACCAGCAUUCAAAAAACUGCCUGCUUUGACAAACGCGGCAUCUAAUGCUAAUAGGGUUCCGUGUGACGCUAGUACAAGCUGUCCAGAUGGGAGUACAUGCUGCCGUAAGUCAGAUGGAGACUGGGGAUGUUGCCCUAUAGAGAAGGCCGUGUGUUGCUCUGACCACCAACACUGCUGUCCUGAGGGAUACACCUGUGACGUGUCACUUGGUGUCUGCAACAAAGCCGACCAGCAGUCAGAACCAAACAUCCCUUCAGUCUCUACCACCCCAAUCCAACCUGUAGACUACGUCUGGUGCGACUCCUCCCAUGCAUGCUAUGAUGGCCAGACAUGUUGUGUGGGACCAGGCGGCGUUUGGCAAUGCUGCCCUUAUACGCAAGGGGUGUGCUGCCCAGACCGGGUGCAUUGCUGCCCAUAUGGACACAUAUGUCUGAAUGCUGGGGCUGCAUGUAGCCGUGCUGGCCCUCUGAGCUGGCUGGAAUCUCCUGUCCCUUCAGCCCCAAUCCAGCAAGCAAAACAGAUCAACCCUACAACCCCAAUCCAGCAAGCAAAACCUGCCAAUCCUACAGCCUCAAUCCAACCUGUAGACUACGUCUGGUGCGACUCCUCCCAUGCAUGCUAUGAUGGACAGACCUGUUGUGUGGGACCAGGGGGAGUUUGGCAAUGCUGCCCUUAUGCCCAGGGGGUGUGCUGCCCGGACAGGGUGCAUUGCUGUCCAUAUGGUCACGUAUGUCUGAAUUCUGGAGCGGCAUGUAGCCGUGCUGGCCCUCUGAGCUGGUUAGGACCUCCAGUUCCUUCAGCCCCAAUCCAGGAGGCAAAACCUUCCAACCCUACAACCCCAAUUCAACCUGUAGACUACGUUUGGUGUGACUCCUCCCAUGCAUGCUACGAUGGCCAGACAUGUUGUGUGGGACCAGGUGGCGUUUGGCAAUGCUGCCCUUAUGCACAUGGGGUGUGCUGCCCAGACAGGGUGCAUUGCUGUCCAUAUGGUCACGUAUGUCUGAAUUCUGGAUCUUCAUGUAGCCGUGUAGGCCCUCUGAGGUGGGAUGGAGAAAAGUGGCCCGAAAAUAAGCCACAAAAAGCAAUCUCAUUCCUAUAAGGAGAACUCUGCCAAAAGUUUCCCAAUGAAAUCCUGCCCCCCACCCCCAACUAAUCGUGUGCCGAGCACAACACUG